GACCCUCUGGUUCGCGUCAUUUUUUACUUUCCUAUCCGGACUGACGUUGGACAACAAAGAUGGCGGCAGGAACCAGCAACUACUGGGAAGAUCUCAGGAAACAAGCCAGACAGCUGGAAAAUGAACUUGACCUGAAGCUAGUUUCCUUCAGUAAACUGUGUACGAGUUACAGCCACAGCAGUGCCCGAGAUGGAAGACGCGACAGGUAUAGCUCUGACACGACACCCCUUUUAAAUGGAUCAAGUCAAGACAGAAUGUUUGAGACAAUGGCAAUUGAGAUUGAACAGCUUCUAGCAAGGCUUACAGGAAUAAAUGAUAAAAUGGCAGAAUAUACCAAUAGCGCAGGCGUCCCCUCCUUGAAUGCAGCCCUGAUGCACACCUUACAGCGACACAGAGACAUUUUGCAGGAUUAUACACAUGAAUUCCAUAAAACCAAAGCAAGCUUUGUGGCAAUACGGGAAAGGGAGAAUCUGAUGGGAUCAGUGCGAAAGGACAUUGAGUCAUAUAAAAGUGGGUCUGGGGUAAACAACAGAAGAACUGAAUUAUUUUUGAAAGAACAUGACCACCUUCGAAACUCAGAUCGUCUUAUAGAAGAAACAAUAAGCAUUGCUAUGGCAACAAAAGAAAAUAUGACUUCACAGAGAGGAAUGUUGAAAUCAAUUCACAGCAGAAUGAACACUUUGGCCAAUCGAUUUCCUGCUGUGAACAGUCUGAUCCAGCGGAUCAACCUUAGGAAGCGACGAGACUCCCUCAUCCUGGGGGCCGUGAUUGGCAUCUGCACCAUCCUCCUGCUGCUGUAUGCCUUCCACUGAUGGCACAUCCCCAAGGACGUGACGGCCACCAUUUUACUCCCUAAUCUGGAAUAAGGAAAAGUAGGAAGUUGACUGUUCUGGUGAUGAACCUGACCAGCAGAAUGACUUCAAGACUGACCACGCUGGACUCUGUAAUAUGCUCAGGAUGAGCCGAAGCCACAGGCGUUCUGUGCUAUCCUUUCCAAUACACAUUUCCCUGCUUUUAGUU